CACGGAGAAGAAGGGGUGGAUCCGUUUUAAGGGAGCGAAUUUCGGGAUCUAAUUGAAACAGCGGUCUCUAAGCUGCUGUUCCUACUCUUCGCUCGGCGGUGGCCGUGGUGGCAUUGGGGUUGGCCAUGCGGUGCAUCAACGGCGGUUCACAUGGCGAAGUGAAAACCAUGGCCGUCAUUCCCCGAUCUGAUCUCCUUUUGUCUCCUCUCUCUGAUCUCCUUUUCCGUGGUUUUUCUCGUUGAUUGAUUUCGGAGAUUGGAAGAUUUUGCAUUUCAGCUGGUUGGGUUUGCUAUCUGGUCCAUCAUCUGGUUCAGGGAAGGAUUGAAAUCCUUCUUUGAAUUAGGAUGUCCCUCAAAAGCAUUGUGCGUGAGCUGAGGGAAAUGAAAGGUGGAAUUGGAAGUAUAUCCAGGAGAGGGGUUGAAGGGAAGCAUUGGCAUGGCCGGGCAAGGUCACAUAUUGCACCCGAUGAAACACCACCUGAAUCUGAACCAAUUCAACAGGGCCAGUGGGCAAAUCUGCCACCAGAAUUGCUCUUGGAUAUCAUUAGGAGAGUAGAAGAGAGUGAGACCUCUUGGCCUGCUCGUGCUGUUGUUGUUUCUUGUGCUUUGGUUUGUAGGUCGUGGAGGGAAAUCACAAAGGAAAUUGUUAAAACACCUGAGCAAAGUGGGAGGCUGACAUUUCCAAUCUCAUUGAAGCAGCCGGGUCCUCGUGAAUCUCCCAUACAAUGCUUUAUUAGGAGAGAUGCUGCAACUCCUACAUAUCGAUUGUACUGUGGUCUGGUGCCUUCUGAGAAUGAGAGUGACAAAUUGCUAUUAGCUGCCAAAAAGGUCAGGAGAGCAACAUGCACAGACUUCAUUAUAUCUUUGGUUGCAAAUGAUUUUUCUCGAGCUAACAACACAUAUGUUGGUAAAUUGAGGUCUAAUUUUAUAGGAACCAAGUUCACCAUGUUUGAUAGCCAAUCUUCGUGUGAAUUGCCAACACAACCAGCUAGCCGGACACAUCGCAGAUUCCAUUGUAGGCAGGUGUCUCCAAAAUUACCUGCAUGUAAUUACAGUAUAGGCACUAUCACCUAUGAGCUCAAUGUUCUCCGUACGAGAGGGCCAAGGAGAAUGCAGUGCGUCAUGCACUCAAUUCCCAUCUCUUCCAUCGAGGAGGGGGGCUCUGCCCCAACCCCAACAUCCUUCCCAGAGACUUAUGAUGAUCGAUGCUCUCUCUCAGCAGGUCCAAAGGGAAAGGAACAAAUUUUGGAUAUAAGUUCUGGAAGCCCCUCAGAGUCUCCAGUAAUAGUCCAGGGCUCUGGAGAGCCCCUAGUUCUUAAAAACAAGUCCCCUAGAUGGCAUGAACAGCUGCAAUGCUGGUGCCUGAAUUUCCGAGGGCGUGUUACUGUUGCCUCUGUUAAGAAUUUCCAACUUGUGUCUGCGACUGAGCCAUCCCACAAUAUUCCAGCUGAAGAGCAGGAGAAGGUGAUUUUACAGUUUGGAAAAAUUGGAAAAGACAUCUUCACCAUGGAUUAUAGCUACCCGCUUUCUGCCUUCCAAGCCUUUGCCAUCUGCCUGAGCAGCUUUGACACCAAACCAGCAUGUGAAUGAUAAGUGUAAUGCUUGAACAUAGCUACCAUAGUUUGCUGAAUUGCUUCGUCCGGUUUUGAAAUGCAAGCGCAGUCUAUGUGCAGCUCUUCAUGCAUGAGCAUUCGCAGCUGAUCUUAUCUGCACAAUCUGCCGCUUUUCUUAUCAUGAAAUUUGACUUGUAUUUUGUUGCGUGGCUUGGUGCUAAACGUAAGUUAAAAAGUUCAGUGUAUGGUUAUCUUGUAUAGUUGAGCAGUACUUCCUAGUUGACGAAUUGUUAAAUUGGCUGGAGCCAUAUUUAAUUCUAACUGUUUACAGGCACUGAUUUUAACACUA